CCCAAGCUGUCGGAGCAGGAUGCUGGUCGCUGUGCCUGCCGACUGACCCAGCCACGCCAACCAGUGACGUCAUCAGUGCAAGUGAUGUUGGUUCGCCACUAAGACGCGUAUUCGAGGAUCUGGCCUCCUGGGACAUAGGAGACGGCCAGCUGCACUUUUACAACUUUGGAUCUAAUGAAUAAAGAUACUUCCAGCCAUGGGUUUUAAUAAAGGAUGGAAAGACCACCUCUGCAUGCUUUCAUGGCUACUGCUGCUGCCGCUGACGGCCGGCCAGGAGCCGCCCUACGCACUGCCAGAUCUGAACCUGGGCAAUCUUCCGGACACCUCAUUCUCCUGCGAGGGCAAGGUGGUCGGCGGCUACUAUGCUGACUUCGAGACCAACUGCCAGAUGUUUCACGUCUGCACGUUGGGCCAGAAAGGUGAAACACAAGACAUCAAGUUCCUCUGCUUGCAAGGCACCGUGUUUGACCAGAAGACUCGCGUAUGCGAGAGAUCGGAGGAGGUGCUCUGCUCGAAUGGUGCCGACAUCUACGACGUCAACAGGGAGCUCUACCACCAUAGCAACAAACACCAGCAGGAGUUCGCCGGAAACGUGACGGACUCCACGGGGGACGCGUCCGAGGCGCACGCCUUCCUGCCGCUCGACUCUGACUACCAGGACUCGGGCCGCUACCCGGCCUCCGACUACACGUACGACUACGGCACCGACUGUGCCGGCUACCGCGGCUGCACGCGCACCCGCUCCGAGGUGCCGCCGUUCCGGCCGCCCGUGCGUGAGCAGCGUGCUCAGCAGCAGCUGCCCAAGCAGCCGGCCUUCAGCCGGUUCCGGCAGACCCGUCCUUUUAACAGCGUGUCGACGACGACACCGAGCACCACUACGGCACACCUGGCGGCGCUGGAAUCGGUCACGGUGCCCAUCAUACCGGUUGUCAACGACCCGGACAGGCCCCGUGUGGUGGUCACCAACGGCAAGCCGUUCGUGCCCAAGCUGGACGCGUCGGACCUAGGCGCCCACGCUCACCCAGGAGGAGGAAUUUCCUUCGCUGGCGCUGCCGGAUACAAACUUCUCCUGCGAAGGCAAAGUCAGCGGGGGGCACUACGCCGACCCGGAGACGGACUGCAGGAUGUUCCACAUCUGCGUGAUCGGCCCGGACGACACGAUAACCGACUACAAAUUUUUGUGCGGAAACAACACAGCGUUCGAGCAGAAGUCAAGAACUUGCCAAGAAAUCGAGAAAAUCGACUGCGCCUCAUCUGUACUCAACUAUUACGUCAACAAUCAUUUGAUCAUUCCCACGUCGAAGUCAACCGGAAACAAAACGCCAAAGACCAAACAACAGGCAUCCACAGCCUAUGAUGACUAUUACGACUAUUACGAUGACUGACCGCGGAAUGUUCGCCGCACAUCGGCGGAAAAGAGCACAACCUCCAGUUCAGGCGCAGCGAUGAGCAUCGAAGUAUUAUGAUAUGCGUCGCAUUAAUUCAUUAAUGUCUUCGACAUUACAGACUGGCUGCGCUUCUUGCCGCGACUUUGUUUACAUUUCUCACGACGCAGCAUGUGUUUGGAGUCAUCAGUGUCCUUCGAACUCGACAAUUUUGUCUCUUCUUGCGGUGUUCGAAAGGGGCUGACCCCUGGAUAACCUCACCGCGUGACGACGCAGCUGUGUGCACGACGUUACACUGUUGCACACAAGCGAUCUUUUUUACAUUUUCCUUGAAGACAUAGCUUUAGUCGGUGAGGCUUUAUUUGCGGCAUCGAUCACCCGCGUCUGGCAGCGUCUGUUCCUGUUGUUCAAGUUUGAGACAACCUACCUGUUUACAUAAUGUUGUCUGUAUUGGUGGCGGGCGACAGUCAUGAUGAGCUUGGGCCGCGACUGUACCCGUCCGACGAGCACAUCGCGUUCCGCAGGGACGAGUCGGCGCUCCAGACAAGUACGGCCAUUCCCCUCGUGAAGGACAAAGCUCCACGUGCACACGUACCUGGGCUGUUCAUUAUAAUGCGCAACUAUCCGAGUAGUUCAUGUGUCCAUCAUUACGCAUCGCGCCUACACACUGUUAACCAACCGGUUUUCAUCCGGUACCACCUUCAUAGGUUUGCCGACAUUCGUUGGGUAGAUUGUGUCGCAUGUGCACAUGUACUCGGUACCAGUGGACUGCAUUGCGUACAUGCAUGUUCGAAUUGUGAGUUGCACACCUGUUUAUGUCGCCGUGGCAUAGUUCGACCGUCUUACGUGAUAGUGGACGUAUUUUUCCGUGUGAUUUAAAGCUUCUGGCAUCAAUGGUGAUUGUUACAUGCGUUGUUGCUGUACAAGAAAGAGAAUUUCAUUGCCAGGAUGAGAGUGUAGUUUAAAGCCAUCCAUGUAUCUGUACUAAAAUUUGUUAUUGUAUACGUUCCGUCUCGCUUUGGCACAUCAAAGAGCAUCCGACAUCUUAGACAUGUGGGGCUCCAAUAUGGUUACCACUGACUGAACGGAUAGCGUACGUGGAUGAAUUCUUCUGUGUCUCCAUUAGGAUUGAUAUGAUGAUGAAUCCUAUCACGGGCUUGAUUAGACGUGCCAUGACAAGCAAUAUAGCCUGUAUAAUGUACUGCAUUGUACUG